CCAUCUUUUCUUUGAAGAUAGAAUAAUUUUCUGACGUAAAGGCGGGAACAGAAAUAACAAAAACAGCACACACAUGUUGAAGAAAGCUGAGACCUGGGAUACAUCAAUGAGAGCAUCAACCAUGAAGGCAUUGCAUAGCCAGAAUUAUUAAUUAGUUGUGAUAAACAAAGAAACAGAAAUAUCUAUCAUGAAACAGAAACAAGGGAAAUCAAGAACAAGCACAGUUGUGGAAGCUACUACAUCAUCCCUUGAUAGAACAUGUGAUCUGCUGCGACUCCGAGUAUCCCAGUUGUCCUCCUCACCACAAAUUCAUGGAUAUGACCAAGAAAGAAGAAAACUGCUGGAUUUGAUCCGAAGGACUGGUACGACAGGUGAAAGUAACUCCGCUCUGUUGAUAGGACCAAGAGGAUGUGGCAAGUCCAUGCUGAUAGAAAAUGUUGUCGAGGAACUGAUGACAAAUCAAGAGAUCAAAGACAACCUUCUACAAGUUCGUCUCAAUGGCCUAUUACAGACGGAUGACAAGAUAGCACUAAAGGAGAUCACCCGACAGUUACAGCUAGAGAAUACAGUGGGCACCAAAGUGUUUGGAUCCUUUGCAGAGAAUCUUCAAUUUCUACUGGAUGCUCUGAAAAGUGGUAGCCACAGUAGUAAACCUAUUUUGUUCGUCCUCGACGAAUUUGAUCUGUUUGCCCACCACAAGAACCAGACACUGCUGUACAAUCUGUUUGAUGUGGCACAGUCGGCCCAGGCCCCCGUCUGUGUCAUCGGCCUCACAUGUCGAUUGGAUGUUGUUGAGCUGUUGGAGAAGAGAGUGAAGUCACGAUUUUCACACCGACAGAUCCAUCUAUUUAACAACAUCACACUAGGGGACUACACCAACCUCUUCAUCACAUAUCUCAGUCUCCCCGACGACUUCACAGACAGGAAGUUUGUAAAGGCUUGGAACCAACAUAUUCAGGAGCUGGCCUCUGAUCAGACCAUACAAGGUGUCCUCCGACGACAGUUUGAGUUCAACAAGGAUGUCAGGACACUACAGCAGCUUCUGAUGUACCCUGUAUGUUGUGUAAGUGAUACUCAUCCAUUCCUUGUUCCUGCUGAUUUUGUUGAUGGUAUGAAGAUGCAGUCCACUGACACCAAGUCAGCUAUGCUUCAUGGAGUUUCAAUCCUCGAGCUCUGUCUCAUCAUUGCUAUGAAGCACCUGACUGAAAUUUACGAUGGUGAACCAUUCAAUUUUGAAAUGGUCUACAGUGAAUACCGAAAAUUUGCCCAGAGGAGGUCAUCCAUGCAAGUUUACGAAAAAGCAGUUGUGUUGAAGGCAUUUGAACACCUGAUUGCAUUAGAGUUGGUUAAGACAAUAGAUGGAGCUGGGUCUCGGGUACAGAAGGAAUAUCGCCUAUUGUCGCUGCUCGUCCAUCCCUCACAGAUUCUUGAUGCUCUGCAAAAAUACCCAAACUGUCCAACAGAGGUCAAACAGUGGGCCCAGUCGUCCGUCAUAUAACAAAGGGAAUGCAGUUUAACAUGGAUAUUUAUAUAGCUGAACAGUCGGCCCAUAACUACAACAUUUAGUCGAUAUGUGGGCUCACUCUCCUCAGACACUUGCAGGAAUAAUGCUGAACAGUAAACUUGUCACAUACCUAGGGGAUCAACAUAGCUUAGCAGGUCUGUGAUACCACCAAACAUCAGUGAACUUGUCACAUACCUAGGGGAUCAACAUAGCUUAGCAGGUCUGUGAUACCACCAAACAUCAGUGAACUUGUCACAUACCUAGGGGAUAAACAUAGCUUAGCAGGUCUGUGAUACCACCAAACAUCAGUGAACUUGUCACAUACCUAGGGGAUCAACAUAGCUUAGCAAGUCUGUGAUACCACCAAACAUCAGUGAACUUGUCACAUACUUAGGGGAUAAACAUAGCUUAGCAGGUCUGUGAUACCACCAAACAUCAGUGAACUUGUCACAUACCUAGGAUAUAAAACAGAACCUAGCAGGUCUAUGUGACCACCAAACACCAGCUGUAUCUGUGGGUAAGGAAUGUUUGAUUAUAGUGUCAUUGACUGUUUACUGCUGUGUCAGGGGAGCAUCUGAGAAAUAAAGAGGUUUGCAUCUUUCUUGUACAGAUAUGCAAACACACAACAAUGUAGCAUUGUAUCACAAAUAGAAACAAUCAACUGGAAUGUUCAAGCAACAUUUCUGGAGACUGAAAACAUUUCUGACAUUGAAGACUGAAAGUCAAAAAAUACAGAAAUGUGCUAUUUAUAUGAGAUAAACAAGGUUUUGAAACAGAAGUUUUGUGUUAGUGAAGUCAUCCAAAUUGAAGGAUUGCUCAAAGUUGGAGAUAAUCAGCCUUUAAAACUGUAGCAAGGCAUUUACGAGUCAUUAAAAAGGAAUAACCAGGACACAAAAA